UUCCGCUCACGCGCAGUGAGGCGGUAGCCUGUAUUCUGUAAUUUUCGAACCAGCACUGCUUGAAGUGAGUGGGGGUUUCUCCCAGAUCUGUGAGAUCUGCGUAACCUGAUCUCCAGCGUAGAGUCGGAGCUGGGAGCGUGGCGGUGAAAGGCUGGCAGAUCUCUGUGUAAGAGCUGCAGAAAUGAUCAACUUAGAGGGAUCAGUGACACUCCAGGAUGUGGCUGUGGAAUUCACCCCAGAGGAGUGGCAGCUGCUUGACUGUGAUCAGAGAACCCUGUAUUGGGAUGUGAUGUUGGAGAACUUUAGAAACCUCAUCUCAAUGGGGUGUCCAGUCACCAAAACAAAAGUGAUCUUCAAGGUGGAGCAAGGACAAAAGGCAUGGAUGGUGGAGGGAGAGAACCCACAUUGGCGCUCUCCAGAAGCUGACUGCCCACCUAUUGAUGAACCAGACAAGCACCAGGAAAGCAAAGACAAUUUUUUGAAUUCAGUUUUGUUCACAUUCAAUAAAAUUCUAACCAUGGAGAGACUUCAUGGUUAUAAUAUGAGCACAAGUCUUAAUCCUACAAGAAAAAAAUCAUAUAAAUGUAAGUCAUAUGGGAAGAGUUUGCAACCUACUUUAGACUUACUUAAUUAUAAUAGAUGUUAUAGUGGAGAAAACUCUUAUGAAUGCAGUGAAUGUGGGAAAGCCUUCAAAAAGAAGUUUCAUUUUAUUAGACAUGAAAAAAAUCAUAUAAGAAAAAAACCCUUUGAAUGCAAUGACUGUGGGAAAGCCUAUAGCAGGAAGGCACACCUUGCAACUCAUCAGAAAAUUCAUAACGGAGAGAGACCCUUUGUGUGCAAUGAUUGUGGGAAAGCGUUUACGCAUAAAGCACAACUUGUGGUCCAUCAGAGACUCCACACUGGAGAGAAGCCUUAUGAAUGUGGUCAGUGCGGGAAAUCAUUCACUUGGAACUCUUCCUUUACUCAACACGUGAAAUCGCAUACACUUGAGAACUCAUUUGAAUGUAAGGAAUGUGGGAAAACCUUCAGGUAUAGUUCAUCCCUUUAUAAACACUCUAGAUUUCAUACAGGAGAGAAACCCUAUCGAUGUAUUGUAUGCGGCAAAGCCUUUGGCAACACUUCUGUGCUUGUUACACAUCAAAGAAUUCAUACAGGAGAGAAACCUUAUGGAUGUAUUGAAUGUGGUAAAGCCUUCAUCAAGAAGUCUCAUCUCCUUAGACAUCAGAUAACUCAUACAGGAGAAAAGCCCUAUGAAUGUAGCAAAUGUGGGAAAGCAUUUUCCCAGAAGUCAAAUCUUAUUGUACAUCAGAAAAUUCAUGCAUAAUAUUCACUUAUGAAUCUGACAAAACUUUAAAUAUUUGAUAAACCUUAUUAAGUCGAGAAUUUAUGGUGAGGAGAAAUCCAGCAAGUUAAAUGAAUUGGAAGAAUAAAUUCCCAUUAAAAAAAAUCAAUGCCAAUCAUGUUCUGGAAGUGAUGAUAAAGUUUUUAGAGAAAAGAUCACAGAAAACGUUAAUUUAUAAGUGAUAGCACAUAGAGCUUGGAAAGGAAGCAUAAAUUAAACAGUCAAGGAAUCAGUGAACACUACAUUUACCAUCUCUGAUUUUUUAUUUUUAUAACAAAUUAUACAAUUAUGCAAGUGUGAGUAUAAAAUAUGUUUAUUGUAUUAAUUAUAUCUAUUAAAAGUUUCUGUGGUAAAUAUUACCAUUUUUUUCUUCCAACCCUAAAAGUAACAUGCAAAUGAAAAAAUGUGGUUUCAUAUGUAGUGUGAAUUUCAGUAAUACUUUUGACCAUUUGCUGGCCCUUUUAAUGGGUGUGGCAGUGUUACUGAAUCUCAGAGUCUCCUUUUUAAUUCUAAAACUUGUUAUAGAGUUGUAUAGAAUUACAUGUAUGUAUAAUUUAACAAGAUAUCAAUUGAGAGGGAGAAAGCAGUUGUAUUCUGUGUUACAGUAAGUAUUCAGUUGAGGAAAAGAAGUAUUUAAAUAAGUGUGUAAAUAAAACAUUUG